CAGUAACCAUGGGGACUAGACGGAGAUGAUGUUGUUGUUAACAGUUUUAAGUUAAUUACAGUGUGCAAGUAAAAUGGACAGGGCAGAAAUAUGCCCGAUGUAUGGCGAUCACCCUGGUUACCAGACAACGUACAGAGAUGUCUUCCAACCGUUUGAACCAUCAAGAUUACCACCAAUCAGAGGAAGGUUCCACCAGACCCCAUGUCUGUCCGUAAAAGACAAGAACAGGUUACAGCCACGCCAGUUUCCACUUGAACCAACAGGACCUCAGCGAAUAAUCGAGAUAGAGCGAGCCCCUGGCCUUGGUUUGGGGACAAAUACAAUCCAAACUGAAAAACUUCUAGAUGUCUCCGAGUCUAUCUCUCGUUCAAUUCCUCCCCACCGAGUCGAGAGUACCAUCGACCUUACCGAGAAAGCAGAGGGUAUGAAACCAAGGCCACCAAGCAGACGUUCCAAGGGACGAAGAGUGACAAAUGACGUGGUCGAUGCACUGGUGAACGCGCUGGAACACACCUCCACCACAACGAUUGCAUCGGAGGAAGCAUGCCUCCCAGUAAUAGAGACAGAGCCGGCAAAUACGACGCUGGAAGAGAACGCAGACAUGGUGAAAUACCGACCACAGAAGUAUGAACGCGAAGCAGAAACGUGGCAAACGGUUGGCUGGCAGUGGGACCGAGUUCAGCCGAGGCACAGAACCAGUAACUGCUACGUCAUAGAUAUAUCCAAACCUAAACUCCUCAGGAAAAGACAGGCCGAGGAGAAACUCAUGCCGAUAUCGGACAAGCUGAAACAGUUGGUGGAAAGCAAGCAGGUUAAAGGGACAUACGUAAGGCCAACCCCCGGCUAUGCAGGGUUCAAGCCACGUGCACCAGUAGAUGGUCCCAUAGAAAAGAAUGAAGAUCCAAGGAGAUGUAGUGUCAUGAAAGCUUCAUACAGACCACUGCCAGCAGAUAUCCCUAAGGAACUCCACCAUAGAGGGCCAUUCUCCAAGACAGUCACUUUAACAUAUCCAUAUAACCCAUUCAACAAAGUGGAGGAAGUUUCUCUCUGAUCAACAUACGUAUAUCAAGUGAUAUCCGAACUAAUGUUGAAUUUUAAGGCUAUCAUACAGUACAUUGUUAAUGGAAGGAUAAACAGUGUUUUGUUCAGUUCCAGGAUUCACACAAAUCAACACUAAAAACUAUUCAAUGUGUUUAUAAAUAUAUGUAUUACAAAUAUAGAGUGUAUAUACUGUACUACAGAUACAGGUAUUUACAUGACAAAAUCCCGCCACUUGGUAACAUUUGUGUACAAUAUUUCGGUCUAUUGAAAAGGUACUGUCUGAGGCAGAGAAAAUGAAA